AUUUCUACGUCAAACUACGGGCUGCUAUCACACUGACGGGAGAUUUUCAGGCAAUUCCGUGCAGUUUUGUUGUUCAUAAGGCUGGACCAGUGCUACUAGGCCUAGUGGAAACACACCUCGAAUUCUGAAUACACAGUGGACACAAUGUCCUUUUGUAAAAGUUUCGGUAAAGAUAAGGUUAUAUUUGCCACAAAAGAGGAUCAUGCGAAGCCCAGUACAAUACAAUUACCGGAAUCGGAACCGGCGCCUGGCUUGAUUCUGGAAAACGGGGAUAUCAACUGGAGCUGUCCGUGUCUGGGUGGAAUGGCGACCGGGCCGUGUGGCGUUGAAUUUCGGGACGCAUUCUCUUGUUUUCAUUAUAGCGAGGCGCAACCGAAAGGAUCAGACUGUUACGAUGCCUUCAAAACAAUGCAAGACUGUAUGGCAAACUAUCCGGGUGUGUAUAAACAAAAUCUACGGGACGACGAAGAAGACACAGAGAACGGGCUUGGUUUGGGCGCAAUGCUCGACGAUGAGGAAGAGGAUCCAGACAGACAGUCCCUAAAGACGGAAUCAGCAGCGACGGAAAGUGGAAAUAUCAGGUCUGGAGGUGAUGAGCCGCUGACAGCUGUAGCGCAUAAAGCAACCUAGCGUUGAUCGCAUAGUUGUAGUUUAUGAUAAAGUUUUUCAGAGUAGACGGAACUUGUUUGGAUUUUGCACAUUGAUGACUUAAUUGCUAACCUAUCUUAUAAACCGAUUCUGCGGCAUUAAUUUUGCCUGUAUAUCUUGUUUCACACUGUAAUAGCGUAGAACUUCAUAAA